GAAAUCAAAAUUUUAUAAUUAAAGAUUUUAUAGAUUUUAUGUCUGGAAGAAACAAAUCAAAUAACUACUAGUUAUCUUACUCAUUUUUUUCAAAUAUUUGAUAAAAUAUAAUAACGUUUAUUUAUAUAUAUACGUUACUAUAUAAACACAAUUGUUAUAAAUUUUUUUUCUCUUUUUUCUUGAACUAUAUUGAGAUUUAACUUAUAAAACUGAUUUGAUUUGAAAAACUGAAACCAUGCAUGAAUAUAACGCGCGCACCCUUUUCUUAAUACACACUCUUGACUGACGUAGUUAGUGGUAAAGCGGUAAUAAGCAAAUAGAAGACCCCGCGUGGGCGAAUUACGUCAUACGCCCACCUGUAGCCGCUCACAUAUAUACAUCAUAUAUGUAGAGAUUCAAAAUGCUAUAAUAUAUACUGGGUGUGCGUUCAAAUACAUCCUUCUUAUUUUCCGGAGUAAGAUCAAAUUCUUUUUUGAAUCUUUCCUAUUUACGCGAUAAAAAAACGUAUUAUAAGAGAAUAGAAAUUAGUUUAAGAAAUUAAAAUCAAAAAUAUAACAACUGUAUCUAAGAGUUCAUUACAUAAAAUUUAACUCGUGCAUCUUUUUGAUUUUUUAGAUUAUUUAUUCAUAUUUAAUAUAAAUCUUUGCCUGUUAAAACUGGUCAGUCUAAUUUAUUUGAAAUUUUAACAAAUAAUACUUGUCUAAAUUUCAAUUUUUGUUUUCUAUCAAUAGAUAGUAUUUAAAAAGAUAUUCUAGCAUUUAACGAUGAAGAAUUAGUCACGCCGUAGGUGGUGCAAUAUUGAGGGGUGGAAGGUGGCGCCGACCGCACCCCGAAGUCGCGACGACAGUCUUCCAGCGUGGCUCAACAAGUACACGCGGUACUCGAACAACGAUUCAAAUUGUUAAAGAUUCCUUAAUAAAAUAUAAGUUGCUUCGUAUAAUGAGAUCUAAAGUAACGGGUGAAAGUAAUUGGGAAGCAAAGUGGACUCGACAAGGAGUACAAGAUAGUGGUACAGUACAUCGACCAUCAAGAAAAACAGAAAAAUUUAAAUUAUCAAAGUCUCCACGAGCGUCUACGUCUAAAGAAAGGACACUUCGUAGAUUAGAAAGUAAUGAAAGAGAAAGAAUGAGAAUGCAUAGUUUGAAUGAUGCGUUCCAGUCUCUACGUGAAGUAAUUCCACAUGUUACUAAGGAAAGACGUCUUUCAAAAAUAGAAACUCUAACAUUGGCUAAAAAUUAUAUAGUCGCUCUUACUGAUAUAAUAUGUGCAAUAAGAAAUGACGAAACCUCAACAAAUCAAAAAGUUGAAAUUUCGGAACCUCGAGAACCACAGUGUAACAAAAACAUUUGUAUGGACAUAAAUACACCAGCUUCAUCAAGAUCUUGCAGUCCAGAAGUUUAAAGCUUUUAUUAAAAGAAAGCAAAUUUUAAUGGAUUAAAAUGGAAAAAUAAUGAAACCAAAGCUACAAGUCUGUGAAAUAUUAACAAUGUAGAUUUAAAGUGAAUGUCAAACUUCCAAAAAUCAUUUUGCAUAAUCAUAUUUAUAUUUUUGUCAAGAUAACAAUGACAUCUUGACAUAAAAAACUAGUGCUGAUAUUUGCAUAAAAGAUACUCAUUUACUUGUUUUAAAUUAGCUAACUUUAUAUAGAUAUUGACAAAAAUAAUAUUUACAUUCCUCAUAUCUAUCAGUAUUAUCUUUUGCAAUCUUAGUAUCAUUAUUUAUUACAUGCUCAUUAUUACAUAGUGUAACAUAUACUGAAAUAGUACAAAGCACUUAGCAUUUGUCUGUUAAUAAAUAAAGUAAAUCAAGAUAUUACAAAAGAGAUAUUACAUAGAGAUAUCUGUGUUUCUGCUAGAAUUUAUAGAUGUUUAAUAUAUAAAUUUAUUCUUGCAUGAAAAUAUUAUAGAUCUGCUUGCUAUAUAACAUUAUUAAAUUCAUAACUUAUUUUUAAAUGUAAUAUAUUUAUAUUAUAUAAUCUAUUUUGUGAAAAAUAAAAAUUAUGUAGUUAAAAUAUAUACAGGAUUCGGCGUUCGUUACCAAUUAAAAAUGCUGUAGUUUUGUCAAUUAUGAAUCUUUUUAUUUAAUAUUUUAAAACAAUGUAGAAAACACAUUAGAUUUCAUGAAAGUGAUGUCACUGUUCGAUAUGGUUACUUCUGACGCGGAUGAUAGCAUCAAAUCUUCCAAUAAAAUCAUUGCACGCUGCACGAAUGAGAUUCUAUGGAAUUCAUUUUCAUUUCCGACGAAACGCUGAUUUCUAUGUUUCCACACUUUCAUAUUCUGUUGUAGCCUCCAAAUUGGACCAUAUGGAGAAGUCUAUCGGAUAUAAGUCUGGCGAGUAUGGAAGUCACUGCUGCAAAGAAAUGAAAUGUGGAAUGUGAUUUUUUAAAAAUUGUUGUAUCGAACAAGCUUUCUAGAAGUGUCGAGUUCUAUAGGAAUGUCCAGCGGUUUGCAUCGAAUUGUUUAUGUAUCCAAGGAAUCAAUGCAUCAUUUAACAUCUUUCGUUGGUACAAUUGCUGUAACAGUAGCCCACAUCAUCACAGAACUAGGCACUUGUUUCCUCAGCAAUUUACUGUUUAAAUUGUCGCUUGAUUGGCCCUUUAACUACACACGGUUAUAUUGUUUGUUAAUGUAUUGUUGAAUUUUUUCUUUUAUAAAAAUUUUUUCAUCAGGAAAACCAAAUUUACGAGGUCGGUGCUUGCGUACAAGGUUUUCAAUGCUUUUAAUCAUUGAAAACGAACAGCCUUUUGUACUGGGGUUAAAUCCUGUACUUUUUAUAUCUUGUAAGGAUUCAUCUUAAUCCUUUCGCUACUAAUGGUGACUUAAGUCACCCAACGCCUGACGCUCUCUAUGUACGAACGGUGACUUAAGUUACCCGUGAACUUUCGUGAGCAGAGUAUAUAUAUUAUCUCCAUGGUUAUCCAUCGCAAGCAUUUUGCACUUGUUUUACGCUAUAAAAUUUCAGACUGACAAAAUGAACAACAGUAUAAAAAUAAUAUUUCGGCAGCACGCUUGUUUAGGCUCGCUCACACUUUCGAAAUAUUUGCACGGUAUGUGGUUUAAUUUUUUUUAUAUUUUUCACAUCAUUGCAUUUUAUAUUUUUCGUUUAUUUUUCACACCUCAAAGUUAAUGAAUACGAAUUACAAAAGGAGGAGAGGAAACUGCUACUCCAUCGAAAACGAGAGUAAUGAAAUGUACGAUAAAUUAUCGGAUUCCGAUAGCUAUACUGCAAUAAAUAAUAUUUAUACUAGAAAGAAAGCAAUCAGCAUUCGUCGGAAAAAUGUACUUAGCACGUCAGAAUCAGAAAAUUAUUACAUCGAAGAUGCUUUGCCAUCAACUACUUUUAAUAAUAUCCAAUGGGCUAUGGAGAAUGUUGAAUUAACAUUUCACAACUUUAAUACUUCCAAUUCUGGACUUCAGACAGAAGAGAAAUUUCUCCUCUGCAAUAUUAGAUUAUUUUCAAUUAUUUUUUUCACCUGAUUUUGUGGAUUUUAUUGUGGAUAAGACAAAUAACUAUUGGACACGUACAGUAAAUGAUGAUAUGCGUAACAUCAAAAUUUGUCAACGAAGCUGUCGACGAGCUGUACUGUUUUCUCGCAUGUACGCUACUAAUGUCGAGAAACAAAAAAUUACGGCUUAGCGAGUAUUGGUCUAGAGAUAAACUUUCAAAAACUGAUAUUUUUAGCAAAAUUAUGUGCAGAGAUAGAUAUUUAGUUUUAUUGAAAAUGUUGCAUUUUGUUGAUAAUAAUCAAAGGUCUUCUGAUCGUGUGCAAAAAAUUAGCAGCGUUUCAAGCAGACUUCAAAAAUCGUUUAAAAACUCAUUUCAUCCUUUUUAAAAUUUAUGCAUAGAUGAAAGUCUUUUAUUGUAUAAGGGCAGACUAUCUUUUAAUAUACCGGCCAAAAGAAGCCGAUUUGGCAUUAAAACGUACGUAUUAUGCGGCUGUAAAACAGACUACGUAUAUACAAUCGUAUAUACAGGUAGUGAUUCACAUGUAACAGAGAACACGGAAGAAAUUGGCAAAACAGGAAAUAUCAUUUUGACACUUUUGAAACCUUACUUGGGAAAAAAUAAUUCAUUGUAUGUCGAUAAUUAUUAUAGCAGUCCUACUUUUUUUAAUUUAUUACGUACAAAUCUAACAAAUCCUUGUGGGGCUGUAAAGCAAAGGCGAAAAGGAAUGCCUAUAAUAGACAGAGAAUUAAAAUUGAUUUUCGGACAUCGAGUAAUUUGCUGGUCCUUAAAUGGCGUGAUAAAAAGGAUGUUUUCUUUCCAUACUAGCGAAUUUAUAUGUACAGGAAAGAGAAAUUAUAACACUCAAGAAUUUAUACAUAAAUUCAAAUGUAUAAUCGAUUAUAAUUCGUCAAUGGACGCUGUCGACAAAUGUGAUAUGUUUAUUAGUUCCAUUAAAUCUAUCAGAAAAUUUAUAAAACGAUACAAGAAGUACUUUUUUCAUUUGUUAGAUAUUGCCGUUUGGAAUUCUGUAGCUGCUUUUCAUCUUAAAUUAAUACGACAAAGCGCUCCUAGAUCUGCGGAUAAAAAUCCUUUUAGGCUUACUGGUAGACACUUCCCAGUGAUUUACACUAGCGAAAACAAAACGAAAAAGUGGAUUGAGAAAGUGUAUUGCUUGUACUAAGAAUGGUGUCCAACGACAGACGCAUUACCAAUAUAAGACAUGUGAAGUAGGACUUUGUGUAUAUCCGUGCUUUCAAACUUUCCAUACGAAAUUACAUUAUUAAAUUAUAUUUUCUAAUUGCA